CACCAAUGCCGGCAUCACCAAAUAAUACCAUUUUGACUGCAUAGUCUUCUGAAACAACAUGGCAUCAGAAAUCACCAGCUCGAUACGUACAGAUCAUCUUUUCUGGGCACAGUAUGGUGCCACCUCGGUCGUCCCCUCCAGUAUAGGCCAGAGCUGCUUAGCGCUCGCAACUAUAACCCCUCUCCUCGCCUACCCUUUCCUCCCCCAUCGUAACCGGGUGUCUGGGGACUAUAACCCUGCAGGCUGCUUGGUUACUAUUUCCAGGUGCCAGCUAUUAUUUCAUCUUAUCCUUACCUUAUUCUCCGUCCGCGACGUCGCGAAUAAAUCGAUAGCCACCCCGAUCCCUACUAAUACCUGGCCGCUUUUUUUAAGCAUCUUCAUCCACUCGGCAAGCUAUCCCGCUACUUCCUUCUCAGCGAAUAAUCGCCUGAGGCCUUCGGAUUUUAAUCUGGCAGGCCACUGGGCCUGCUACUCCCUCCUAUACUUCUUAUUUCGAGCCUUCGAUACUAUCAUCGGCCUGAGCCCCUCAUACGCCUUCGUUAUAGCGGCGCUUAUUAUAUUUCCUAUCAGCGAGAGGCUUACGAAGUAUGUGACGAAACACACACAUACUUAUAUUACGCGGAAUAUUUCCUCUCUUAGCUGGCUUUGGCCAACGCGUGGAGCGGAUGAUUUCGAUCCGGGCUGGAGUGUUAUACUGUUUAUUGCUCUUCUCAUUGAGCAGGCUAUAUUAAUUCCUAUAGCCCUCGCGGACGCGUUGAGAAAUCGAUAAUCUUUAAGGUUGCUUCACUUUAAUCUGCAUCGUAAGGUGUUUCGCAGCCUCGGCAAUUGCCGUUGAUGAGAAGCCCCAAUACAAUACGCGAGGGACAAAAAGCAGCACAGAAAUAGGCUGCUUACUGAAGGAGGUUGGUUGCAGCAGUCUUCACAUAGAGGAAAUCAGAAACAUGUCCGCGCAAGCAAGAACAGUCAGUUGCGGAGUCGUCAUGAGCGGGAGAGUCUGCCAUAUUCUAGGAGGCCCGUUGCUUCAGUCUUGAGAGGCCCUGGAAGCUUCCACUUUUCCGCUUCUCCAGCAUCUUAAAGGUCUAAGACCAGCAGCACCUGACGACC